UUCAACUUGCAGACACAUCUACACCCCAAACCAAAGACACAGCAAAACGGGAACCCAACCGACGCGGCCCUGCCCAGGGGAACGGAAAUGUAACAACCGAGAGGUCUAAAGUCCCUCAACCCUCGGUCCCGAAGAACGCCGCCCCCGCCAACAGGCUGAACGUUUCACAACCUCCCUCCUCGACUUCGUCGCAAAGUGGCAACCCUCCUCGAGUUCCUUAUAUGCCAGGGGUAGUCAGGCACGGUUCGAACAUGCCCUUGGCUGCCCAGUCUGCUUCCUUUGGGAACUACUCGGGUACAGCAAGCCCUGGGCCCAUCGUGCCACCUCCUGGAGUCCUUGAUCUCGAUUGGCUCUUCCAAUUGUCGACACAACAUGGACACGGCGCUCCUAGCCACCUUGAUCAACAGAUUCACCACUAUCCACACUAUGGCACCGGUCAGGCGCAGGCCCGAGGUUUUCCGUCGAAUGCCGUACCAACUAUGCAUGGUGGCCACCGAUCAAAUACAACCAUGGCCGGCACUCCGUCUAUUCCACAAGUUGCACAAGGGGCUGGCAGAGGGCAGGUGAGUGGAAGUUUCUCCAGAGCUGCAGGGCCAUCUGGACAGUCCCAUCCGCCGUGUCCUAUAUGCAGCCAAGGACAUCUCCCUUCGGAAUGUAAGGGACGGGCCACAGAGGCCCAGUUACGCGUUGCGCUUGAUAGUAUUGCAAGUUGGCCGUCAUCUUCAACGAAAACUACCGAGAAAAUGCUUCUCAAGGCAAAACUAAAAGCUAGAUCCACCCUUGACGGGUAGGCUUCAGAGCAGAUGGAUGUUUUCGGGGAAUGAGAUGUAACUAUAGCAUACAUUUACUUUAUUACAGGGAACCUGGCUAGAUGAAGGAAAAAA